GCUGCGGGGGUGUUCAGUGUUCAGCUGGAACAGCCAAAACGCGAUUUUAUUAGUGAGAUCGAAGACUAUCGCGAUUUUAUUAGUGGGAUCGAAGACUAUCGUGAUUUUAUUAGUGAGAUCGAUUUUAUUGGUGAGAUUACUCCGACCGACGAAGCGGCGGGACACCAUUGUAACUUGCCAGUUACCACUUACCACCCAACUAUUGAUGUAUCACAGAUUCUUCCGCGAAUCUACAAAUUUUGCCAACUCACACGUUGAGAGUAAGCAAGCCAUCAUUCGAUGGUAUCCAGGUUCAGUACUUCUAUCUGUUGUGACUGGUGCUGAGCCAGUUAUCGCGUCCCUUCGUCAUCAUGGAACUGGACUCCAUCGACUGCUGUUUGCCUGCCACGGACAGCGAGUCGCUCAUUCCUGACCAGGAUGAACCGUGGCAAGGACUUCAGAAUCGGCGAAUUUCACCGGAGGGAUCUCGUGCUAGCUGCGUACGCCAUCGGCAAGAACGAAUCUUUUGCGCUGUAUGCCAGCAGUUUUUGGAGGAGCCUUGUUGGUUGCAUGCCAAAAGCGUUCCCAAUGAGAGCGUGGUUCCCUUCGCACUGGCCAGUCUGCCUAAAAUCUUGCACCGGGAUGUUUGCGCUGAUUCCUCCACAGGGAAGAAAGUGGUAGCGAAUGCUCGAAUCCCGCCUCACACCGUUUUCGGCCCCCUGGUGGCUCCGCUGGCGGAGAGAUGCAGCGAAACAUAUGUUUAUGCAUUUCCCAGCGCGGAAGACGGCCAGCUGCGUUUCUUCCAGCUGGACUCGGAGCUCUUCUCCAACUGGAUGCGCUACGUGCGUUUCACUGAGAAUUCGGCGGAGAAGAAUCUGGCCGUUUAUCUCCGCGGAUCGCAAAUAGUCUUUGUCAGCGUUAGGAACAUUUUGCCCGGCGAAGAACUGAAGGUCUGCUAUUCUGCUAUAUACUCCCGAACAAUUGGAUGCGCGAAUGUCCAGAGGGUAAAACAAGAGAGCGGAAGCUUUUAUGUAACAGGUAUGGAGUAUGAUGAUCAUAAUGAAAAUGCACUGCCACCGACCUCUCCUCCAACGCCAAUGGAAACCGGUUCACAUGUUGACACUUUUGAUUGGGAUGGCGAUUCGUUUGGGACGCAGAUGAUCGAAAAUAAUGCAAGUGACCUUGGGGAUGUGCUGAUUUCUCCCCACAUACGGCCCGGUGUAUCAUCAACCUUGCGCAUUUUCGACGGAGGCGAAAGUGCUCCACCACCGGUCAAUGGAUGCCUGGCGAGCGCAUCCGCUUUUGCGAUUCCCUUUCCUGCUCUCCAUGAAUCCGCAGAUUUGCGAAUGGACGACGAUGGAAGUGUGUCAUUUUUGCCGGCGUGUAGUAACAGCGGCUCACUUCCGAUUAAAGCAAACACCAUGCGCGAAGGCUCUCCAGAGAUCGAGUUCCGUCCCCCAUUCAGUAAAAUCCAAUCUCCCCGCGAAGACCGCAGUAAAACCGAGCCUAUGACAAUCUCACGAAAAAGCACCCUCCGAUCAGCCAGGAAAAUAAUGCUGGCAGAAUCUGAUGUGGAUUAUUGUGACCAGCUCGUCCUGGCAAAUUCUGACCGGGUUAUUGACAAACCCAUCCGCGCAACGAAGAUCGUGCGGAUGGAGCCGUCCCAUUCUAAUGGCACUCCAAAGGGAAAUGGCGACUUUGAAAGUGCUGAAACCCCGGAAAUUGCCGACCGACAGAGUUCGACAUUCCCGGCACGGCGGAAGAAUCCACGUAAAGCAAAAACGGAGUGCCCGGUGUGCCACAUUCUGGUGCCUAAAUUACGGGCCCAUUUGAGCCAAGAACAUCCGGAAUAUGCGUCUGAGGAUUUCAAUCAUACUUGCGAAACGUGCGGAAUGCGGUAUCGCUCGAUGUUUCGUUUACGCAGGCAUAUAUCAAUGAUGCAUGCGGCACGUGGAGCUGAAGUAACCGCGGAAUUGCGUCAAGAGGCCAUCGAGUACAUGCAAAAAACUGGGCGUCUUUCGUUUUUCUGUACAGCCUGUCAAAAGUAUUUCCUGAAUAAAUCUUUAUUGGAUAUCCAUGAGCUCUCACACGGAGUACUGAACGAUUCUCAAGCGCGGCCAGAACGAACGUGUCCCGCUUGCGAUUUCACGGGAGCCAGUUUCGCCGAAUUGGCGGUGCACACCGCGGAUCACUCGAUCCACGCCAAAGAGAGGAAGCAGUGCCUAUUCUGCCCCCAACAAGUUUUUACAUUGCCGAAGCAUUAUAAAAAAAAUCACCCGGAGUAUCGGGAAAUUAUUGCUAAAGAUUGGCUGUUUGAAUGUCUGCAGUGCAGAGUGAAAUAUCUUUCCCAGCAUCAUCUCGACGUCCAUAAUAUGCAGGCUCAUAAUAAAUAUAAAUGCAUAUACUGCGCCCUGCAGUUCGAUACUUACGCUGCACUUGGUGUCCACCAUCAGACGCAUCAGAAAGACGGCGUCUUUCCCUGUCCCAUGUGCCCACAGACGUUCCCCCUGUUCAAACUGGUUCGCAGGCAUUACGAAAAGAGCCACGACGUCAGGAGCGUGUUGGUGUGCGACGUUUGUCAGUGUGUAUGCCGGAAUAAGAUUCGCUGGAGGAUACACAUGCAGUCGCAUAACAAGGAUUUUCGGCACGUAUGCACCCAGUGCGGGAAACGAUUCAAGGCCAAACUGUAUCUUCGAAAUCACAUCCGAAGGGUGCACGAGGGGAAACACAAAGAAUCCGCGAAAAAUAAGUACAGCAAACGUAAAGAGAAGGAGAAGCAGGGCUUUCUGGAGGCGUAUCAAGAUCCGCGCAGGAAAUUCUCCUUCCAGGAGUUGCCUUACAAAUGCCACGAAUGCAAGCGGGGAUACGUGCUGCGAAGGUCACUGGUGAAUCACGUCAUAGAUAAACAUCCAGAAGUGGAUCCGCAAAGCGUACUGAAGACUGGGAGCUGUAUGGAUAUCCGUACAUUUGUAUCAAUUUUAAAGAAACCUAUCGUAGAUGAUGAACGAAAAUGCGUUUCGCUAUAGAUAACUGUUGAAUUAUAAGUGUGAAGCAAUGUUUUCGCGCUGCAGGUUUUCUCGUAGAUAUUUAUGUGUGGCUGUUGCCAAUUUGUUCUGUUUAACAAAAUGCUGAAA